UAGGGUGUGUUCAGGGAGACGCUAUUAGCGCUAUCAGUUUAUCCUUGUUCUACUUUUAAUGAGUAAUGAAGAUGGACUGAUGCUGAUAGCGUCUCCCAGCGUCUCCCCGAAUGCACCUUACACCCAUGCCAGUGAGUUCUUGCCAGUGGAAAGUGGAAGCCGCUAUAACUUUUUCCGCGCGGUGAAAGAUUCUCUGAAAAUUCGCACGGUCAACGAAUUUCACAGAAAAUGGAAUUUUCGCAAUCGCAUCAGCAGGAUCUAAUUGAACUAGCCGAAAUAACGGGAAUCUCCACAGUACCUGGCGUUUUCCGCAUUGUGUUGAAAUUAUUGGCAUUACAAGUGUCUCCGGAAGAUAUUUAUACUCUUCUUAAACAAAUCUCGAGAUCAUCGAAACCAUCGAGUCAACAGACGAAGAACGAAGAUGUUCUCACUUUUACCUCAUCUACGAGGAAAUAAUAUUUGUAUAUUAAAUUCACACUGAUUUGACGAUUAAUAUCUCUAAUUAUAACGUCAAAGGAAUAUGUUUAUAUAAAUAAAGAUAGUAGUUUGUAAAUUUUUCCAUAGACUAGUACUAAAAAAAUUAAAUUUAAAAUAAUUUUAGUAUUUUUGCACAUAUUCUUGCUUAAGAGUUAUUGUUUAAAUAAACAUUAUUUAACAGCAAAUAUAUUUGUGAUAUGGAGAUCUGCUUAUUUGUACAAAAGUAUAAUAGUAAGAUAAUUUGUAACUAGUAAUUUCUGUAUCCAAUUGCAAUAGAUUUUUAUUAUAAUAGUUUACUUAAUAAGAAAGAAGUAUAUCUAAGCUAUAAGUUAUAUAUUAGAUUUAUUGGUCUUAUAAUAAAUAUAUACACAAUAUUUUUUACAAAAAA